ACGGCCCACUGGCUGCCACCCCAUCAGAUGGUCACCUUGGCCGCUGUUGGUGCUUGAUGUCUUCGCCCAGCUGUCUUUCGCUGGGCUUUUCUGCUAGCAAAAAGCUGCGUGCGUCGGUCGGUCGUGUUGUCAUAGUUAUGUGUACGCAUUUGUUGUUGCAAAAGCUCCAGCAGCAGCAGCUCCGUGGGAGCAAUUGAUUCGCCGUGGAUUCUUUAAUAAAAACAAAUUGCCAGCCGCAACUGACAGAGCGUAGAAGCAGCAACUAUAACCAGGCAACCUUGGCUGCAGUGCGUCCGCCGCCCGUCGUCCGGAAGGCAGUGAAAUUAGAGUGAAAGCACAGAAAACACAAGAAGCAACGGAAGCAGCAGCAGCAGCAGUAGCGAUGUCGACGGAGAGCAACACACCCGUGGAUCCGAGGGUCCAGAUCGAGCUGGAGAAGCUGAACUCGGCCACUGACAACAUCAAUCGCUACGAGGUGGAGCUCGAUGAGGCCAAGUGUGAAUUCAAACGUCUGCUCGCGGAGAGUGUGGUGCGGAUCAAGACUGCUGCCCAUAAGCUUGGCAACUCGAUAGAUGCCGCCAAGCCCUAUUACGAGUCCCGCAUCUAUGCCGCCCAACUGGCCAAGGAGACACAGCAGGCAGCCGCCAACCAUGAGAAGGCCAAGUCCAUCCAUGCCGCCGCCAAGGAGAUGGUCUAUCUGGCCGAGCAGGGUCUCGGCGAGAAAUCCACACUGGACACCGCCUGCCAGGAGAUGCUCAGCCAUGCCGCCAGCAAGGUGAACCAGUCCCAGCUGGAGGUCACCGAUACCCGCAACGCUCUCAAGAUGUGCCAGCUGAAGCUCGAGGUGGCCAAUAAUCGGGUCGGCAAGCUGCAGGGACAGCUUAAGCAGGCGCUCCGUGCCUCCAGAUUGCAGCUCAAGCGCAAUUUACUUUUGUUGAGAUAUUUUAGCAUUAUGCACGCCUUGUAUUGUACCCUCUGUUCGCCGUACUACGAGACGCGGGCUAACUACAAUGGACUGCUAAAAGCCCAGAAGACGCGGGUGAACGAGCUGGAGGCAAAGGUCAGUGCAGCGAAGCUCACUUACAACGAGGCACUAAAGAAUUUAGAGCAAAUCUCCGAGGAUAUUCACCGGCAGCGGCAGCAGCGCAACAAUCUACUCAACUACGAGGCCAUGCUGCGCCAGGUGGACGCUGUGGAUGCUCUGACAGCGGGCGAGGUGGCGCCGAAGCAGCAGCAGCCGGAGAUGGAGCCAGAAGAACUGGGGCCCGAGGAGCAGUACCUGCAGAUGCCCGAGCGGCUGGGUCAUGAGUGUCCGCACCUGCUUACCGAUUUUGAGGCUGUGCUCACCUUCCCGCAAAAGCUGGCCGGUGGCAUGCACAAGUCGGCCAGCACCAGUGCCGCGGAUGGGGAGUCCGGAUUGGGGCCACUGGGACUGCAUGCUCCGUACGACCUGAAGUCGGGCAGCGGCGGCUCAUUGGGGUCUGGGUCCGCUUCUGCAUCUGCCUCCGCAUCCGCCUCCGUAUCGGCCUCCUCUGCCUUUGCCUCCGCCGCUGGAGCACCGGCGGACAAUGACAUCGAGCAGUGGACGGAAAUCCGGCUGUCGCAUUCGGAUAGCACUAGCUCCAGCUACUCGAACCAGUCGCUGCUGGAGCAACAUGGCCUGGAGAGUGCGGGCAGUGCUGGCGGUGGCCUGGGGCUGGGCCUGGGACGGAACCAGCUGGACGCCGAUGCCCAGUCGCAGCACUCGACCUCGUCGUCGGACGAACCAAAGCGCAAAGUUACCUGCACGACGAUAUUCCAGGACGACAGUAGCGCUUCCAGUGGGGCCGGCAGCGGUGGCCAACAGAUGAGCCGUAAGCAAAGCCUCAGCCAGUGGCUGUCCCGCUCGAACAGCUUCAAGGGCAGUGGCCGACGGCAGAGCCUGGAUCUGCUAAUCGAUGCCGGGGACAAGGUGAAGGAUGUGUUCAGCUACGGCUUCCAGAAGGUGGGACGCAGCCUGGAGCGACGCAACAGUGAAUCGGAGAUGGCCGGCGAUAAUGCCAGCGGGGCCGAGGAGGAGGCCCUGCUCACCACGCACACGGAGGUGACGUCGGCCUCCAGUGCCUCCGCCUCCUCCUCCUCCGGGCCCGGUGACUUUUUCCUCUUCAGCAGAUCUUCAGAGCCUAAAGAGCUGCUGUCCGAUGAGCAGGUUGAGAAUUUACUCUUAAAUCACACGGUGGAUGAGCACGGUGCCAUUAUUGUGGAAGAACUCAAGUCGCCAACAACAACAAAAAGCAUGUAUCACACACACCAACAACAACAUCAACAACAAAAGCAACAGCAGCAGCAACAACAACAACAAAAGCAACAGCAACACAGCAACCAUCAGGCGCUUAACGUUGUGGGAGCCCUACUAUUUUGAAACGAACGAUACUGAUCCUCUAAUCCUUUGUAGCCUUUCUAGACACAUACACACAAAGCGCACUAAAAACCACAUAUAUAUAAAUGUACAUAUACAUAUGUAGUGAUGGGAGUAGUAGUAAAUAGUUCACUUGUUCACUCACUUGCUUACCUUCAGAGUUCCUCACUCACUUUUAAGUUGUAUCGUUGCUCAAUUGCUCGAUAGGGCAAAAUUAAGUGAGACACAGAGGGAGCAACAGAAUGAUCAACUGAGUGACCAACUGAGUGAACAAUUGAGUAAACAACUCGAAAAGCUCACUAAAAACUAAGUAACUGACUUGUUCACCAAAGUUAGUGCUCUCAACCCACACUAUAUCCAAAUAUUGACCGCUUUCACUCUAUUAUUCAAUGAUCAAAUCCAUCAUCAAAAGAAGGAAAGGAUUUCUCAAGCCCUAUAUAUAUUACUAUAUCAGUUCUUAAUAGGCUUGAGGAAUUUUUCGGAAUUUCAGAUGCUUUCUUAAGCCUUAACUUAACGUGCUAAUAAUUGUCAAUAUCUAAAUUAACAUAUGUUUUCAAUGAAAAAGAGCUUAAUAUUAUUAUUUGUUGCCUCUGUACCUAAAAGAAAAUCCAACUCCCAUCACUGCUUAUGUGUAUAAAACAAUGUGAAUUAUGGCAAAAUUUUACUCCAUGAGUACUUCGGGCAAAAACAAUUAAUAAUUAGUAAAAAAAAAGAGAAAAAAGCGUAGCGUACAUAUCAUUCGAGACAUCAAACAGCAGUAAUAUUUUACAAACACCUAGCAAGGAAACUAUCUACAUAUGUUCUAAUCCUAUUCAAAACAAAAAAACCAAAUAAGAAUCAACAAAAAAAUGUGCAAUAAUUUAGUUGAUUUAGUUACAAAUACAUAGGAAUUAAGAGAGUUACAUUUUAUGCUGUUUACAAAAAGCAAGAAUAACUAAAAGCUAGUCAAGAUACAAAAUCAGUUUAAUAGUUUUUAGUCCCUGCGUAUUUAGCAAAACAUUCUGCAAAAAAGUGGAUAUAGAAACCCGGAAAAUACAUAAGAUUGUACAAAUAAUGUUAAAUGGUGUUAAUGAUGUGCGCAGGCGGCGAUUUGAGGGGAGGUGGUGGCCUGUAAGUACUUUAAUAAUAACUAACUACGAUAACUUUUAAAAGGAUAUAAGCAAACUUAACGAUUCUCUGCUCAAACCCCCUCUAAUCGCCUUCUGCGUACGCCACUAAAUGUUAAAUAAAUACAUACAUAUUGAUACCUGCAUUAAAAUUA